AUGUCUCGCCUAAAUCAACAAUCAACGAUUGAUCCACGUAAUCCACGUUGUCGUCUAUGUGAUACGAUGACAUCCGUUUAUUGGCGUGUUCCAGCUCGUGAUUUACUUUUAUGUAAUAAUUGUUUUUUACAUGAUUUAAAAAGUUCAAAUCAAUUUUGUAAAUUAAAACGUAUCGAUACAAAUAUUGAAGAAUUACCAACAUUAGAAAAUCGUUUUCAAUUUUCCACUCAAAAUAUAAAAGAUGAACAAAUAAUUUCUUCUUCAUCAUCAUCUUCAUCAUCAACUAUUACAAAAUCUAAACGAUCAAAAGUUAUUGAACCAAUUAAAUCUCAAUUACCAAUUAAAAUUUCUACGCGACAACAACCAUCAUUUCGUUCGAAUAGAAAAACUCUUGCAUUUAAAUCAAAAAAACCUGAAAAAUGUUUAUCUCAAUCAACAACAUUUAGAUUAUUUGAUGUUUUAUACUCAAAAGGACGUCGAUUUGAAGUUGGAGAUAUUGUAUAUUUGAUUGAUUCAAAUCUUUCAUAUUUUUAUGCUCAAAUUCGUGCAUUAUUUCAAGAUGAACAUGUCAAUGCAUUUGCUUUUUUAACAUGGUUAUUACCAACAUCAAUUAAUACUUCGACGAAUAAUUUUCAUUUUGAUCCAAAUGCAUAUUCAAUAGGACCAAACGAAGAAUAUCCACGUUCAUUAAAUUCUCUUUCAUUUGUUUGUCAUGCACCAUCAGAUUAUUUUCAAGUCAAAACAUAUCCACAAUCAGUAACGACAGAUAAUAAACGUUCAUUUAAUUAUAUUUGGACACCAGUUUACGACAAUAAUAAUAUUAAUAAUAAUAAUAAUAAUAAUGAAAAUGAUUAUUCUUCUACACCAACAUCAAUUAAACGACGACGUUUUGUUUAA